AUGGGCCAGAAGCUCUCAGGGAGUCUCAAGUCUGUGGAGGUGCAAGAGCCAGCGCUGCGGCCGGCCAAGCGGGAGCUGCUCGGGGCAGAGCCAGGGCAGCCGGCGCGGCUGGACCAGCUCUUGGACAUGCCUGCGGCGGGGUUGGCUGUGCAGCUGCGGCACGCGUGGAACCCCGAGGACCGCUCGCUCAAUGUGUUCGUCAAGGACGAUGACCGGCUCACUUUCCACCGGCACCCUGUGGCCCAGAGCACUGACGGCAUCCGCGGCAAGGUGGGCCAUGCCCGCGGCCUGCACGCCUGGCAGAUCAACUGGCCGGCACGGCAGCGCGGCACCCACGCUGUAGUUGGCGUGGCCACGGCUCGUGCACCCCUGCACUCAGUGGGUUACACAGCACUGGUGGGCAGUGAUGCUGAGUCAUGGGGCUGGGACCUGGGCCGCAGCCGCCUCUACCAUGAUGGCAAAAACCGGCCCGGCGUGGCCUACCCUGCCUUCCUAGGGCCCGACGAGGCCUUUGCCCUGCCAGACUCGCUGCUCGUCGUGCUGGACAUGGAUGAGGGCACGCUCAGCUUCGUCGUGGAUGGCCAGUACCUGGGCGUGGCCUUCCGGGGCCUCAAGGGCAAGAAGCUGUACCCGGUGGUGAGUGCCGUGUGGGGCCAUUGCGAAGUCACCAUGCGCUACAUCAACGGCCUUGACCCGGAGCCCUUGCCGCUGAUGGACCUGUGCCGAAGAUCCAUCCGCUCCGCCCUAGGCCGGCAGCACCUGCGGGACAUCGGCUCCCUGCCCCUGCCUCAGUCUCUCAAAAACUACCUGCAGUACCAGUGA